AUGUCCAAGACGCAGAGCAAUCGCAACACUCUAGCAGUCAUGAUUUGUUGGAGAGCUAUACUCACGGUAUCGCUUAUUGCUUUGGUGCAAGCUUACCAGAAACCUCCUCCAAUCCAAAUACCUCCAUCUGGACCUUAUCCAUCUCCUCCUCACAGCCCACAAGGUCCAAAUUUUCCGUCUGAUCCGCCUAAACCUUGGGGCAAAUGGAACAUGCGUUGGUAG